AUGAGUCAGCUCAACGUUUCGUUCUGGGUCAUCGUGCUCCUGUCGGUGCUUGCCGUGUCGACCUUCCCGGCUGCCGACGCGCAGUCUUACUUGGCGAUUCGCGCGCAAGCCGCCAGGAAGGCCGCGAACGACGCGGACGCGCUCGCGCAAGCGGCGCAGGCUGAUUACAACGACAAGCUCAAGGCGGAAAACGCGGCGAAGAAGGCCGUUGACGACGCUGACGCGGAUCUGGCCGCCGCGCAGACGGAUCUCGAUAACAAAAAGAAGAAGCUCGACGAUACCAAGGCUAAGGGCGAGAAGGCGCGCCAAGACACGAUCGCGCUCAAGCAGACGGUGCGCGACGAGCAGGAUUAUGACGAUGAGCUCGAAAUGAAUGCCGGCGAGGCGGAUAACAACGAGAAGCAAAGCGCGCAGGAUAUCAUCGACGCGCAAGCGCGCGCGAAUCUCACGGCGGAUCUGCUGACGGAGCAGAACGCGAUCGUGAAGGAGGCGACUGAUGACUCGACGUACUACGCGCGGCUCGCGACGAAGCUCAAGACGCCGCAGGCGCAGGCGGACGCUCUCGAGGCGCAGUCGAUCCGCGCGCAGGCGAUUCGGAUUCAGGGCGCGCUUGUGACGCAGGCGAAGAAAUCCGUUGAACGCGUCGGCAGGAUGCAGUUUGAGUGGGCUGCUACGGCUAAGGACAAAACCGACACGAGGAAACAGGCUGAUGACCAUAAGGUCGUGCUGAACAAGGCUAAGAAGGACGCGAACGACGCCGAGGCGCUGUAUAACGCGACACUCGUCGAAGCUAAGAACAUCGACGCGGCGAUCAAGCAGCAGAGUCUCGUGGUCGCGGCGAAAAUCAAAGCCGCGAAAGACGCGCGAGUUCCGCUGGCAAAGGCAUCUGCUGCUCGGGCUGCCUCCGAAACCAAGUUCACCGCGCUCAAGUCGCGCGCUGAUGGAUUCAAGGCGGCUGCGGACAAGGCGGAGAAAGAGAACGCCGACUACGAGGCUGCUAACAAAAACGGGAACGGCAACGGUAAUCUCAGUCAUUUCAGUUAUACAGCAGCCAUGAGUCAGUUCAACAUUUCGUUCUGGGCCAUUGUGCUCCUGUCGGCAUUGACCGCUUCUACCUUCUCCGCAGCCAAUGCACAGUCUUACCUCGCGACUCGCGCGCAAGCCGCCAGAAAGGCCGCGAACGACGCGGACGCGCUCGCGCUGGCAGCGCAGGCGGAUUACAACGAAAAGCUGAAGGCGGAAAACGCGGCGAAGAAAGCCGUUGAUGACGCCGACGCUGAUCUGGCCGCCGCGCAGACGGACCUGAACAACAAGAAGAAGCAGCUUGAUGAUACCAAGGCCAAGGGCGAGAAAGCGCGACAGGACACGAUCGCCUUCAAGCAGACGGUGCGCGACGAGCAGGAGUAUAACGACGAACUCGAAAUGGACGCCGGCGAGGCGGAAAACGACGAGAAGGAGUUCGCGAAAGAUAUCGUCGACGCGCAGGCGCGCGCGAAUCUCACGGCGGAUUUGCUGACGGAGCAGAACGCGAUUGUUAAGGAGGCGACUGACGACUCGACGUACUACGCGCGGCUCGCGACGAAGCUCAAGACGCCCCAGGCGCAGGCGGACGCUCUCGAGGCGCAAUCGAUUCGCGCGCAGGCGGUUCGGAUUCAGGGCGCGCUUGUGAAGCAGGCGCAGCGGGCCGUUGAACGUGUUGGGAAGAUGCAGUUUGAGUGGGCUGCGACCAAUAAGGAUAAGGCCGACACGAGGAAAAAGGCCGAUGAUCACAAGCUUGUGUUGAACAAGGCUAAGAAGGACGCCGCUGACGCCGAGACGGCUUAUAACGCGGCUGUUGUCGAAGCGAAGAACAUCGACGCUGCGAUCAAGCAGCAAGCCGUCGUGGUCGUGGCGAAAACCAAGGUCGCGAAGGACGCGCGAAUUCCGCUUGCGAAGGCGUCUACCAUUCGUGCGCAAUCCGAAACCAAGUACAACGCGCUCAAGUCGCGCGCUGACUCGUUCAAGGCGGCUGCGGACAAGGCGGAGAAAGAGCACGCCGACAACGAGGCCAAAAACAACGGUAACGGCAACAACAACUAG